AUGGCGCCAAACGGCACGGCGGAUGAGAAUGCGUCGUAUCGUUACCUGAGCACUCGCGGACAGGAUAGUGGUUUCUCAUUUGAGGAAGUCGUCCUGAACAGCGUUGCCCCUGAUGGUGGUUUAUACAUUCCUGAAGAGAUUCCGCGUGCUACAUCGUGGGAGUCGUGGGGAGAUCUUAGCUUUCCAGAGCUUGCCUUCGAGAUCAUGUCACUUUACAUUUCCCCUUCCGAAAUCCCUCCUGCCGACCUGAAAGCCAUCAUUGCGCGCAGCUACUCCUCCUUUCGAUCCCCAGAUGUUACACCCUUAGUCCAACUCAGGGAGAAUCACCACCUGCUCGAGCUGUUCCACGGCCCUACAUUUGCCUCCAAGGAUAUCGCCUCGCAGUUCUUGGGCAACCUGCUUGAGUAUUUCCUUGCGAAAAAAAACCAAGGCAAAACAAGCACCGCAGCAGACCGACAUCGUCUUACCUUUGUUGGUGCCACCAGAGGUGACGCAGGCUCUGCUGCUAUUCACGGCUUGAGGGGGAAAGAGGACAUAUCCGUAUUCGUCAUGUUUCCCCAAGGACAGGUUGCCCCUUUUCAAGAGGCCCAGAUCACUACAGUGCCAGACGAGAAUGUAUGCAGCUUAGCCGUCGCCGGCACCUUUGACGAUUGUCAGAACCUCCUGCGCCGCCUGCAUGCUGAUAGGCAAGCCAACGAAGACUUUGACCUUGUCAGCUCGAGGAAUUGGGCUCAUAUUCUGGCCCAGAUCGUGCUUUACUUUUACUCAUACUUUUCUCUCGUCAAGAAGUCGGCAUCUCUCAAGAUAGGCGAUAAAGUCCGGUUUGUUAUCCCAACUGGCAAAUUCGGCAGCAUCCUCGCCGGGUACUUCGCCUUACACAUGGGCCUCCCCGUCGAUAAACUCGUCAUCGCCACCAACGAAAAUGACAUCCUUGAUCGUUUCUGGAGGACGGGGCGAUAUGAGAAGCAGCGUGCUGGCCGUGGCGGGCCUGGGUCAGGCAUUAAGAAGACUCUCAGCCCCGCAAUGGACAUUCUUACUUCCCACAACUUUGAGCGUCUGUUAUGGUUUCUUGCCUGCGAGUUUGCUUCAAGCGCAGGUAUGGACCAGCUCUGGAACCAGAGGCAAGCAAGUCAAGAAGUCUCUCAGUGGUUCCAGGAACUCGACGGGAAAGGAUUCUUUGGCCCUGUAUAUCGCGACGUUAUCAGAAGCGCUAGACGCGACUUUGAGAGCGAGCGAAUCACAGAUCACCAAACUAUCGAAACCAUCAGAGCUGUCUAUCGAAGAUGCGGGUACAUACUGGAUCCUCAUUCUGCCGUUGGCGCUGCAGCAACACAAAGAUCAAUGCACCGUACCCAUGCGAGCAUUCCGCACAUCUCCUUCUCAACAGCACACCCAGCCAAGUUCUCUGAGACGGUGGUGAAGGCUCUUCGAGGCGAAAAUGGGUUUAGUGUGGAAACAACGUUGAUGCCAACAGAACUCGCCGACCUUGAGAAAAGAGAGAAGAGGGUAACCCCGGUAGAGAACGACUGGCAGAAAGUUCGUGAGAUCAUCAAGGCUCGAAAUGGCAAUUGA